AUGCGCGCGGUGCCAUGUGGGCGUGUCUCCUGUUUACUCCCGGUCCAGGGCGCGACCACCUGCACAUUCGUCAGGACCGCCAAGUCUGGCACUCGAAGGGGUCUGCAUGGCCUCCCAGGGUACCGGGCGCGCAGCUCACCCCCCCUGGCCGCCAGUACCUUUGAGCGUCUCGAAGCCGACUUCAGGUCCACCUGGCACGAGGACCUCCUCUCACCCGAGCUGCGCAAUGCGGAGGGCGGCCAGCACACCACAGCGCCGUGUCCCAACGUUCACAAUGAUCAUCUCGACGACCUGGGCCUCGAGAUCGGCGCCACAUACAGGCAGCCACCCAAGAUCUGGCAGGGCGAGGUCGUGGCUCACCUGCUGUCCGGCUUCUUUGACGAAGCCUACCUGAGCACCGUUCCCACCCACACGCUGAACUGGGUGAUCAAGGUGACGGUCUUCAUUGCGGGGGAGGGGGGACUUUUUUGCUUUGAUGAAUACCGGCCUGAGUGCGAGGAGCAGAUUGCGGCGGUGCUGGGCGAGCGGCAGCAGGCGCGCCUCGCCCUCCGGCUGCUGGAGUGGAUGCGGGGCCGGGGCGCGGCCAACCCCCACACCUUUGCCAAGUACUGCGAGGCGGCCGGCGCCGCCGGCGACCCGGGCGCGGCGCUGGCGCACUGGCGCCGCCUGCUCCGCGAGUCCCCCGCCCUCCUGGCCUCACCUUUUGUGGUCACUGCCCUCCUCCGCGCCUUCACGUGCGCGCAGGACGCGGCGGGCGCGGCCGCCGUGCUGGCCGAGGUCCAGCGCUCUGGGGUGGGUGAGGCCAGCCGCUUCGCCGUCGGCCAGGUCAUGGCGGCCUGCAUGCGCGCGGGGCUGCCCGGCGCCGCGCUCGCCGCCUUCCGCGGCCACAGGCGCCAGGCGCUGCGGGCGGGUGUCGGGGAGGGGGAGGGAGAGGGGGCGAGGGGUCCGCACGCCACGCCAGCCGCCGACGCGGGCGCCGCACCGGCCGCGGACACCCACGCCGGAAUGUACAUGAUGGCGGUGCGGGCGUGCGCGCUGACGGGGCGUGCAGACCUGCUGCCGGGCCUGCGCGCCGGCAUGGCGCAGGACGGCAUCCCGCUGGACGGCGAGCUGGGCAUGCGCUUCCUGCGCGCGCACGGCGGGGCGGGGCAGCCGGAGGAGGGCCUGGCCGUGCUGCGGGAGAUGCGGGAGGGUCCCACGCCGCCCAACCGCUGGCACCGCCGGGCGCUGCUCCUGGAGUACUGCGAGGCGGGCUCCCCCGCCCGCGUGGAGGCCCUGGCGGCCGCACUGGAGGCGGGGCACGGCCUGCGGAUCGACGCGCGGCUGCUGACCUCGGUGCUCAACGCCUUCUCGCGCGUGGACGGCGGCGUGCCCGCCGUGCGCGCCGUGCUGCGCAUGGCGCGCCGCCGCGGCGUGCCACUGCGUGGCCCCCUGGCUGCGGCCGCGCUGUCUUGCCUGCAGUACGGCUGGCCGGCGGGGCCAAGGGGGGUGGUCGAUGUCGGCGGGGCGGCGUGCCAGUCGAGCCAGACCGAGACCGGGCCCCCGGCGGCGCUGGGCGAGGACAGCCCCGCGCACAGCCACGCCCCCUACACCAACCGGGGGAGCCAUGCCCUGGGGCCCCAGGCGCGGCAGGCGGCGGUGGCGCACAUCCGGGCGCCCUGGGAGUGA